UCUCCCCUCCCUGCUCUGUAAAUAAUCUCUCCCCUUUCCACCCUUGCCCACCUUCUCGUACCACCUACAUCCCACCAUGGCGAGUAGAGGGACCAGAGUGUUAUCUCUGGCACCACACUAGGGAUUAUCAGGUAAUAAAAGCUUUGACUCCCUGAGGAAAUGUCUCUCCCUUUGUCUGGGUUGGGGCAGUCAUACCAGGGCUGGGGUUCUCCUGGGCCACUCCCGUCCCUGCCGUUACUGUUCUGUCUUAGCUGGCUGCAGAGAGGGCACAGUCUCCCUAGCUCCUUCUUUCCAACAAACACAGCCCCUCUAGCCCUUAGGUAGUUAUCAGGACUAUUCUUUCACUCCCAGCAUAUCUUUGGUGCAGUGGUCCUAGCCAGCCUUGCUCCCUGGGGAAGAUGGCCAGGGUCCUCACUGCUUCCCUAAGUACAGAGGCAUGGAGGAGAGAGGGGUGGCUUGGCUUUCGGGUUUGAGUCAGUUUGACCUCUCCAGUCCUUGGUGCUUUGCUGCAAAACUAUCUGGAUCAUGUCGCUCUGUCCAGAGCAAGUGUUUAUAUCUACAUUUAUUGUGUUAAACCGCUUCCAUUUCCUUUCAUAUCUGUCCUCAUUUCCAGGACUUUUAUGUGGAAGUGCCUCAGAUCCAGAGGCCAGGAUGGUGGGAGUCUUAGAUCCCAACUCGAAUUUGAGCCUAACAUGUUAGACAAAGUGUCUUAAAUAAGGUGGAUGUUCAUUUAUGUUUCAUGUUAACAGUCUGCCCAGUCCAGAGACCCAGUAUCCUCCAUCUCAUGGUCCCAGUGUCCCUUAGGAUGUUGUUCUCAUCCUCAUGGUUGAGGUCGCUGUCUUUUCCCAUGGAGAAGCAAAAAGAGCAUGGGCAAACAAAUUCAUUUUUAAAGACAUGAAGCAAAAGUUGCACUUUUCACUUCCACUCAUACCCCAUUGGCUAAAACCUAGUCAUAAGACCACACUGAGCUACAAAGUGUGCUGGGAAAUGUGGUCUUUAGUUGAGGGCACAGCUGGGAGGGUGUGUCUGUUCAUGGCCUCCUUUCUUCAUGAUCAGCCCAACACAGGAACAGGAGAGGAAACCGGUUGCCAUGACUGUCAGUUCAGGGCUGAGAGAACCUUGCAGCCCUUGGGGCCUUUCUUAAGGAUCAGGGGCCAGGGGCACCUCGGGGCUGUCAGGAGUGAGAGGUGGCACCCCUGUCUGGCCCAUGGAGGAAUGCACAGAGAUCACCACUGCCGUGCUUGCUGGAGGAGGUAGGACUUGAACUGGACCUGCAGGAUAUUGGAAGUUUAGAUGAGCGAAAGGAGGAAAGAUCAGCGGAGCAGCAUCACAGAGGGCCUCAGAUUCCAGGCAAGCAAAGACGCAGUGGCUCCAAGAUAGAAGCCAAGUUCUGCACCACAUAUUCAGGGUGUAUGCACGAAGCCCGGGUGGCACGACAGACCACCUUCUGGAAGGUUGCAAGGGGUGAAGUCGUGUAAGUCAGUAGGUGUACUGUGGUCCUUCUGUAGGAACCAAGGAACUGUAAGGGGCGAUAAACUCAAAAAGUCAGUAGGUUUAAAAGAAGCAUGGAUAAAUUAAGCAAAGACAGAAUCUAAAGAAUUUCGGGUGAGGGCUGCCAUGCUUGGGAAGGAAACCCUGUCUCUUUGCAAGCUACCUAUUGGCGCCUCUGUGUAACCAUGUCCAGGCAGAUGGAGGAGGGCAAGCCUUGGGUCAGCAAGCCGUGCAACGAACAUAUCCCCUGGUUGCUAAACAGACAUCUUCAAGCAGGAAUUACCCCAGCUCUUUGCUCCCUUCUCUCCCUCAGCUUAUAGGUAUGGCUCAUCACUCCCUCUUCACCUCUUUCUUUUCCUGUAUUAUUCAGAGCUUACAUGGUGUCAAGCGACAUAGGCUCAAAGGGAAGUGUGUUGAAGCUCACGUGGCACAAUUGUGUGGGAAGGGCAGAGGAGAUUGCUUCAUCUAGUGCCCACUCCUCAGUCAGUCAGCUGUGACUGUGCCCACUGCACACCCAAACUUCUGGGGCCUGCCACACUUGCAGAGACCUCACUUCAUCAAAUUGUCUCUGUCCUGGGUUUUCCUUCAUCCUCUACCCCCACCUGCCCAAUAUGCUCAUCUUUCAUUUAAAAGAAGAGAAAAAAAGCACUUCCCCCAUGCCUAAGUUCUUCCAUUCCCGCAUAUUCCUUCCUUACCCUUUCAUCCUCAGUGCUGAGCCCGAGGGAUCCACUGUCUCCCUGUCCACUGGCACCCGCUUGGUGUAAUGACUGCCUCCUGACUUUUAUCCUCACUCUGUAGCUUUUCCUCCACAGCCCCCUUCCUCAGAGGUCAGGCAUUCCUGCAGUCUGUGUGGUGUGGACCCUCAGCCCUCCUCCAGCCCUGAGCUCCUGGUCCACACACCCCACUUCCUACUGUGACUCCACAGAGUGGCCCAGAGGCACCAGUCUCAGGCUCCACACACCCAGCAGUUUGCCCAGUCUCUAAAGCCCACUGCCCUUUCGUGCAGCCUCCAGCAUUCUCUGCCCCCACCCACCCCGUCCCAGCCCUACUCCCACUGAGCACCAAACCCACAGGCCUGCCCCCCCCCCACAGAUCCCCCCCGUAGUUCCUGUGUUAGCUCUUCUCCAUUUUGUCUCUUACCCUAGAGCACCCACUGCAGCCCUAUUGCCGAGACUAGCUAACUCUCCAUCCUUCACCCAGACCACCUGCUCAGGGGGUGUGCCCCUCUGUGCUCCUACAGCACCUGAGCAUUCAACUCAAAACCUCUGCUUUCCCAACUGAUUACAGCAGCCCCCAGACUGGAAUAAUGUGGCCUCAGGGCUGAGUGUGAGCUAGAGCUCAGUGGUGAACAAAUGGCUUUCUGUGUCCUGCUGAGAGGGAUACAAGGAUGAAUUCCAGAGUUUAUAAUCUGGAAGGGGAAAGCAAAUAUUCCUAAAAGGCAAACUAUGUGGCCAGAAAGAAAGGGAAGCUUUCCCCAGGGAAGCUUGUUCUUGUUUGGAAUUUUCAGGAAAAACCACAAUCAAAUUACAGAAAAAAUAAAGGCACCCCAUUCCUUUUUUAAAAUAAACACCAGGGCCUUUGAAUAAAACAUUCUGUAAACCCAAACCAGAACUAAGCUAGUUUAUUGAACUCAGUUGUUUUCACUAAACCACAAAGCAAAUGUUUUCCUAAAAUUUACUUGGUUAACCGGUACAUAAAGGGACAAAACCUGUUUCCCAAAACAGUUUAACUGAUCAUACAGUCCAAAUAUUCAUUUCAGGUAAGUCAGUUUGGAAAUUCAGCCAUGCCCUUCUGCCUGGGCAGCUGAAGUCGAGGUGCCCAUGAUGUCAUCUCCCCCAUCUCUGCCACAGAAUUUGACACACUUGCUCUCCCAGUGACCAGACACUGCGAUGCCCAGCCUGACCCUGCCCUUGCACUUGCUGUUCAAAUUGCUGUCCAAAGGCGGAGAUUGGCUAACCCUAUAAAUUGGCCUCUGCCCCCCAGAGGCUGGUGGCUGGCAGCGGAAAGCUGAGCUGAUGCAGACUAAGGCGGGAGCCUUUUCUGGCAUUCCAGGGGCUGUGCCCAAAUCCAUGAAUGGUCCUGGGCCAAGUACAGGAUGAGGAGGGGUUGGAACCUUGAGGGACAAAAUUAUUCCUACCACCUUCGGAUAGGCCCACAAAGGCUGCACUGCCCCCUUAACUGGGGCCCCUGUCAGGGACCUGCUUGGAGGAGAGAGAGGCCACCUGUGGGGUAACUAUGCCCCACCCAAACCUACUUCCACAUGGAGUGACCCAGUCCUGGUGCCCAAGUGUGUGGUUAAGGACAUCCCACCCAACCCAUUUUACAAGUGGGCAAACAAGCCCUCAGGAAGAGUGGUCAUAGCUCUCCCCAGACUUCUUAACAGGCUGCUGGACUCCUCACUCUUAGGCCCCCACUUUUCUACCAGGGAAAGCCCUGAGCUGGGUGGGACUCAGGAAGACCCCAGGCAUUGCCUCUCUUAGGGCCAUAAUUUGCUGUGUCAGAGAGGGCUGUGAGGGCUUUCUAGACCUAAGGGCAGGAGCUUGAGAAUGCAGCUAGGGAAGUGGCUAGAUGAGACUUCAGGGGCACAGGCCAGGCUUGUGACUUCAGAUCCCUGGGAAGGUGGAAGGAGGAGGCAUCUGUCUGGUGACCCCAGCGCCAGCAGCUGAACAUACACUGCGAAGGGAAGAGAGUUGGUGGCGAGCUGCCACCCGUCCCCUCUUUGAGACGUCAUUGGAGUCUGUGGGCCCAGAGCAGUGGGUGGAACUACCUGAGCAAUAAAUCUUGGGUCUGGCUGCCUGGGUUCCACUGCUGCCUGGAGGAGCCACUUCAUCCACAGCUCUCCCUCGGUGAGUGAAAAGGCUGCCCUCCCCAGGGCUGGGGCUCCGGGAUGGAGCUCUAUUCUGGGUACACUGCUACUCUUCCCCCUCCCAAGUCCCUCUACCCCUGACCCAUGCCCAGAAAAGCCCCCUUUCCCUCAUCUUUCCCCAACAACACUAUUCCUGUGCCUGCUGCCCCUAGCGUGGGAGGGACAAGGGGUAGAAACCCUUGCCCCUGUAACCACCACACAUCCCCAACUGCCAUGGAAGAGAGAUAGCAACCCACAGGGAAAAGGAGCUGAGGGCCUGCCAAUAACGUCCCCCAGCACUGGGUGCCCCAGAUUCCCCCACACUGCUGCCUGUCUUUUGAACAACUCCCCUGUUCCCCUCUCCAACCUUCUCUCACUUCUGGGAUCCCUGAGGGAAGAAAGGGUAGUCCUGCCCUACUGGGGAAGGCCCUCAACUGGCAAAGCGGGGAGCCUCUGUGCCCCAGGGGUUCUGAGAGGUGGCUAGUUGCCAGGAGCCCUCAGGGUCCAGACCCCUGUAGUCCUGGUAUAGGGAGCAAUAGCAGAAGAGAGAAGAACAUUAGGAGACACUGAAGCUGCCCCUGAAACGCCAGUUGUCCAAGGGGAUCCCGGAGGAAGAGGAAGGGGGUAUGGAUGGGAGCACUCCCUGAGUGCUGUCCACUGUCCAUGGGAGCAGCCCUGCCAUGGCCAGCCUUGGGCUAGGCCUCCUGGUGCUGCUGCUGACCACCCACCCUGAGCCCUCGAAGGCUCAACACUGCUCCCACAGCUGGCACCCUGAAGGAAAGCAAGCCUCCAGCUCACUCCAUGACCCCCAACAUACUCCUGGGCCCCCAGGAAGGGUUCUGGGCACUGCAGCUCACAGCCCAGGCCAAAUUGUCCCCAACCUCCCAAGCUAUGUUCUGGCUCCCCCUGAGGACAGUGUGCCCUGGGAGAGUAGGACCAUGGCCCGGUGGCUCCUCCACAGGAAGCAGCACCUGGUGCAGACACUGCUGGUAAGUAAGCUAAGAACUGGCUGGGGGUGAGGGGGAAUGAUACACCACUGAGUUAUUUAUUUUUGGUUGCCUUGGGUCUUUUUUGCUGUGUGCGGGAUUUCUCUAGUUGCGGCGAGGGGGGGGGGCUACUCUUAGUUGCGGUGCGCAGGCUUCUCAUUGUGGUGUCUUCUCGUUGCGGAGCACGGGCUCUAGGCGCACGGGCUUCAGUAGUUGUGGCACAUGGGCUCAGUAGUUGUGGCUCGCAGGCUUAGCUGCUUCUCAGCAUGUGGGAUCUUCCCGGACCAGGGCUCAAACCCGUGUCCCCUGCACUGGCAGGCGGAUUCUUAACCACUGCACCACCAGGGAAGCCCCAAUCCUAGACAAUUUAUGAUGAAAUACUAUGUUAGAUUAAAGUAAAAGAUUAGAAGUCACUAGUGGAGUAGAAGGAGGUACUACAAACCUCCAUAAAUAGGACAGUGGCGGCUGUGAAGUCCCCUAGGCUUCUAGAUAGCCAAGGGAAGCCAGUGUGGCUCAAGGUGGGCAGGCCCACAGCCAGUGGAAAGAGGUGAGGGGUGCGACCUCACACUCUACAGUACGGCCCCGAUAACCAGGUGGUCAUUGAUACGUGCACUGGGAAUGACUCAGUGAUUGCAGAGCUCCCCAAGGCCAAUAGCGGAAGACAGGUGUAGGGAGAUGGUUUAUUAUUUUGCAAAUUGUAUUUUAAAGUGCACCACGGGAGCACAAUAACUAAAGGAGAAAGUGUAAAUUCCUAUAAGGCAAGACCUUAUCGCCUAAUUUCAGUCGGUGUGAGCUCGGGUUUUUAGAUAUCAGGUGGGCAACGCCCGUUAAGCCCAAUGAGCUAGAGAACCCACAGGCUGGGUCUUCUAGGAGGCUAGGGGGCGUCCGCAGGACGUGGGAGCCACAAUACUGGCCGUCGGCCAAUCCUAAGCAGCGAGGCCAAGCCGGGAGGCGAGGGAAGAGGAGGAUAGGAGAGGAGGGGGCGGGUAAGGCCGCAGCUCUGCGGUCAGGUGACCAGAGCGUCCGGGGGAAUGAUCGCGCCCUCCUCCCGCAAACCCGACCCCGAGCGCCGCGCCCCGCUGCCCUCCAGUAAAGGGGUCCCUGAAGUUGUUGCAUCCUUUGUCCCCUCUCUCUCCAUUGAGACCCUUCCCCGGGUGGGGGCUGGAGGGAUGCAGGUCGGAACCCGGUCCCCCAGGGGGGACACAGCCAGGUUCCGGGGGGCGGGGCGGACGCAAAUGUCAGCGGGCAACAGAGGGUGGGGUCGGAGCCCGCGGACUACGCGUCCCGUGGUGCCCCGCGGCCACUUCCGGGCCCCAGUGAUGCCCUGCGG